UGGUUGUCGUUCAGCGGCUGAAACAUGGCGGAAAACGAGAACGGGGGAUCUGCGAAACGACUGAAAACCGACGCGGAGAAUGAUCGCGGAGACACGGGAGAGCCGUCGUGCGACAGCCUGGUCUCGGACUUCGAAGUCAGCCGAAUUCUGCGCGACUGUGCGCGGGAGAAGAACAUCUUCAUCCAUGGGAAGGUGAAGGAUCAAGAUGCUGUUGUGAUCCUGGAGAAAACUCCCAUCAGACAGGACACGCUGUCUGAGUUGCUGAAGAGCAGUCAAGUCAAGCUGGAGAUGAAGAACGACGUGUACAGCACAUACCAGCUGCGGGCACCUGCACACCUGAACGAAAUCAAAACGACAGUGGUGUGCCCUGCGACAGAGAAACAUGUUAAAAAGUAUUUGCAUCAGGAGGUUUUUCUAGUUGAAGAAUCAGGAGAGGAUUAUCGUAAGCUCACCCUACCGUACAUCAGCGGUCAGAGCUUCAGUGUGCAGUGGGUGCACAACAUAUUGGAGAAGAAAGCGGAGGCUGAUCGGAUUGUUUUUGAGGAUCCAGACCCUGAUACUGGUUUUGUUCUGUUGCCUGAUUUCAAGUGGGAUCAAAAGCAGCUACAAGACCUGUAUUUGAUUGCUAUCGUCCACCGGAGAGAUGUUAAAAGUUUAAGGGAUCUUACGUCAGAGCACUUGCCAUUACUGAAGAACAUUCGCAGUAAAGGACAGGACGCCAUUCAGCGGCAGUACAGUGUCUCUCCGAGCAAACUGCGCGUGUAUCUCCACUAUCAGCCGUCGUACUAUCACCUCCACAUCCAUUUUACCUCUGUGGAGUAUGAUGCUCCAGGUUGCAGAGUGGAAAGAGCCCACUUGCUUUCCGAUGUCAUUCAGAACUUGCAGGCAGAUUCCAGUUACUAUCAGAAUCGCAGUCUGGCGUUUCCGCUGCGGGCCGAUGAUGGUUUGCUCCUCAAGUUCAAAGAGGCUGGGAAAGUCUAGAGACCAGAUUUUUGGGAACCUUUUUUUAUUUUUUUACUUAAGUAUCUGCACUCUGCUUUUAAAAGAUGCAUUAUUACAGUAUCGUAUUGUUAAAAUGUCAUGUUUUCACCUUUUUAUUAGUUGUUUUAUGUCAGUUCGAUUUUGUCAUCAUCUGCAUUUUUAUUAAAGUACUCAUUGUUUUUAAAUUGUACUGUUUUUUUUUUUUCAUGCUGUGGUGGAUCGUGUGGACACAACCCAAAUUGAUCACCCAAAAACCCCAUUGUUUUGUCAUUCUGUGCACCUUUCUGUGCUGCGACCUGGAAUUUUAUUUUAAAGCAGAAUUUGAGCCAGUGGGGCCCCAAGCCUUGUUCUUUGAGGUUUUAGGGGUCCUUUGAAGAGAUUUGGCUGUGACUGACAGAGCAGCGGGCCUCAAUGAAGCUCCUGUGCUGUUUUUAAACCUUUUGAAGAAAUGAACAAAAACUACUGGUUUAAUAUUAGUCCAAAAUGCGUUAGGAGUGAAAUAUUGUGAGUGCACACAACCGAUGCUGAAACUUCCGCUGCAGUGAGGUGUAUAGAUUUUCUUAACAAACAUAGUUCUACGGUUCAGAGCUCGUUGUAAAUCCAGGGCUAGAGAGGCAGAAAAAAACCCAAAACUCCCCUGAAGAAAAAAUAUUGUUUCAAAGUUUGUUUGUGCCGUUUGUUUGUGUGGUUCUACAGUUUUUAAAGAAGAUUUCACUGCUUUACCCAAUCAAAGUCUUACAAUGCCCUCUGUUCACAGGGAAUCACAAAACACAAUAGAACUGUUUUUGCUGGUCAGGUAUAUCUUCAGUUUUUUUUUUUUUAAGCAGUUCACUGCCAAUUAAAAAAUGUCUUAAGCUACUUGUCUUAAUCUGACUUUUUUUCUUACAAAAAUCCAUUGUGUGGCUUCAUAGACGACUUGGAAUAUAGCAUUCAAAUGGUAUGGACUGGGUUUUUUUGGUCCAUUUAGACCUCGACAGCCAUUACUUACCAAUCUUU